AUGUCGGCCCACACAACGCUGCAUCCGCCGUAUGCAUCGACCCAAGCCGGGCUCGGCGGGCUGCCGACGCCCAAGGUCGACAUUGCGAUCUGCGCGGUGCUGCUUCUCUUCUUCGCCGUCGGGGCGGCCACCAACAUGACCAUCUUCCAGAUCAACCGGCGGCGCGACCACAGGUUUCUCUUCUCGGCCAUGACCUUUGGCUUCUGCAUGAUGCGCAUCGUCGCGCUGGUGAUGCGCAUCGUGUGGGCGACGCGUCCGACCAACGUCAGCAUCGCCAUUGCGGCCAGCAUCUUCACGCUCGCCGGCGUGAUCAUACUCUUCAUCAUCAACCUGCUCUUCACCCAGCGUCUCGUCCGUGCCUAUCGUCCACGUCUGGGCUGGAGCCGCCCCGUCACGGUGCUCUUCCGUGGCCUGAUCGCCUCCAUCCCCGCCUGCCUCAUCAUGCUCAUCAUCGUCACCGUUCACUCCUUCUUCACGCUCAGCGCCAAUGCCCACCGGAUGGAACGUGACGUCCAGCUCGUCGGCAGCACCUACUACGCCUUCCUGGCCUUUCUGCCCAUGCCCGCCAUGCUGCUCACCCUCGCCGUCCCGCCGCGGCCGCCGCACCAUGGCCCUGUCGAAAACUUUGGCCGCGGCCGGCUCGCCACAAAGGUCCGCCUGCUCGUCUUCACCAGCUUCCUGCUGGCCCUCGGUGCUGGCUUCCGCUGCGGCAUCGCUUACGACCCCCGCCCGCGCUCUAGCCCGGCCUGGUACCACAGCAAGGCCUGCUACUACUGCUUCAAUUUUGUCAUCGAGAUUAUUGUCGUCUAUACGUACACAAUCAGCCGCUUCGACCGCCGCUUCCACGUCCCCAACGGAUCCUCCGGCCCUGGCCACUACAGCGCCGACUCUUCAGAUCGCGACCUGGGCUCUGUGGCCGCAGGCCCCGAUGGUCUGUCUCGUAAACGCUCGUUGGUCGACCUCAUCAACACCGAGGCUGAUGUCUUUGGCUCCGACACUGAGCCGUCGGCAUCCGGCCGCGACAUGGAGCAGCGGGCCCAAGACUGGGACGCUCAGGUAGCAAGAGAGCUGCAGCUGGAAAAGGAGGGCCAAGCCGUAUAA